GAGUAGGCGGGUAUAAGAGCGGCUCCCGGCGCGGGGGAUAUGAGCUGCUGCUGCUGCCUGUUCUCUCUCUUUUCACUCAGGGCUCCUUGUUGUCAGCGGACGGAUCACCAUGGCCGAGGAGACUGUGCCGGUGCCAGCCGAGGCGGAGAGGAUGGAAGAUGUCCCGGAGCCCUCAACAUCUGUUGAACAAGUUGAUGGAGUGGAUGUGGACAGUGAAGCCAAGAGGCUUAUGGGCUGUGGCAGUAAACACCUGGUCAUGAAGGACAUCCAGUCUGCUGUGGCUGCAUUCCAGGAAGCUAGCAGCAUUCUAGGUAAGAAGUAUGGAGAGACUGCAGAUGAGUGUGCAGAUGCCUUUUUCUACUAUGGGAUUGCUCUCCUGGAGUUGGCACGCAUGGAGAAUGGUGUUCUGGGUAAUGCCUUGGAUGGGGUCCCAGAGGAUGAAGAGGAAGGUAGUGAAAAAGAGGAAGACCCUAAAAUCCCCAGUGCUUCUGGCCUACCUGAGAAAGAAAGGGAGCUGUUAAGAGAGCAGGUAUAUGAUGCAAUGGCAGAAAAAGAAAAGGCUGGGCAAGAACCAGAGAAGGCUGGCAAAACUGAAGAGCCUGCAGCUGAAGUAAAAGAUGAGAAAGGGGCAUCAGAAAAAGAUAAGUGUGCUGUAGCAUUAGAGGUAACAGCCGAAAAAUGCACUGAGGAGAAAGCUAAUUGCCCUGAAUUGAAAGAGGAGAUGGGUACAGAAGGAAAAGCGGACACGGACCCUGAAUUAAAAGAGGAGAAAAGUAUGGAUGGAAAAGAGGAGAAAAGUACAGAGGGAAAAGCUGAUGCAGACCCUGAAUUAAAAGAGGAGAAAAGUACGGAGGGAAAAGCUGAUGCAGACCCUGAAUUAAUAGAGGAGAAAAGUACAGAGGGAAAAGCUGAUGCAGACCCUGAAUUAAAAGAGGAGAAAAGUAUAGAGGGAAAAGCUGACGCAGACCCUGAAUUAAAAGAGGAGAAAAGUAUAGAGGGAAAAGCUGACGCAGACCCUGAAUUAAAAGAGGAGAAAAGUACAGAGGGAAAAGCUGACGCAGACCCUGAAUUAAAAGAGGAGAAAAGUAUAGAGGGAAAAGCUGACGCAGACCCUGAAUUAAAAGAGGAGAAAAGUACAGAGGGAAAAGCUGACGCAGACCCUGAAUUAAAAGAGGAGAAAAGUACGGAGGGAAAAGCUGACGCAGACCCUGAAUUAAAAGAGGAGAAAAGUACGGAGGGAAAAGCUGACGCAGACCCUGAAUUAAAAGAGGAGAAAAGUACGGAGGGAAAAGCUGACGCAGACCCUGAAUUAAAAGAGGAGAAAAGUACGGAGGGAAAAGCUGACAAAGACCCUGAAUUAAAAGAGAAAAGUACAGAUGGUAAAGAGGAAGGUGCUGAGGAAAAAAGGGAUGUUGAGAUGGAGUGUGAUAAACCCUAUGAGGCUCCAGAAAGCACUAGCACAGAGAAAGUUGAGGAAACUCCUGAGAAGGUUGUAAAGGAUGACAAAACUGAGACCACCAGUGAGGCUGUGGGUGAGGUGAAGGAAGCCGUUGCAGCUGUAGAGGAAUCUAAAGAUGCCAAAGAACAGACAGAAGAGAUGGAAGCAGACUCUACCCAGGAGACUGAAGAAAAAACAGCUGACAAACCGAAGGACACAAAGGAUGGGUCUGAGCCUGCAGCCGGGAGUGAAGAAGCUGCUCCCAAAGAGGAAUCUGCUGAUGAAGAGCAAGAGGCUGAAGGUGAUGAAGCAAUGGAGGGUGAAGAAGAGGAUGAAGCAGAUUCUGAAGAAAAUGAAGGAACGGACGAGAAGGAGAAUGAAGAGGAUGAUGUUGGUAAUCUGCAGCUGGCCUGGGAGAUGUUGGAGCUCUCAAAGAUAAUAUUUAAAAGGCAACAGGACAAGGCAUCACAGCUGAAGGCUGCUCAAGCACACCUAAAACUGGGAGAGGUCAGCGUUGAGUCAGAGAACUACAGCCAGGCAGUGGAGGACUUUCUUGCAUGUCUGACUAUCCAGAAGGAGCACAUGGAGGAACAUGAGAGACUGCUUGCAGAGACUCACUAUCAGCUCGCCCUGGCCUAUCAGUAUAAUGGCAAACACGAGGAAGCAAUGUCUCACUUUACACAGUCCAUUGAAGUAAUAGAGAAGAAAAUGGUUGUGCUCACAGAGAAGUUGAAGAAGGCUACAGGAUCUGAUGAACUUCAAAAGGAAAUGGAUGAAUUAAAGGGGCUCCUUCCAGAUAUCAAGGAGAAGAUUGAAGACUCAAAGGAAGCACAGAAAACUGCAGAUGUGACUGACAAAGCACUUAAAGAGACCCUGGCUGGAGGAUCUUCAGCUUUUCCAAAAGAGAAUGGAGGCACUUCAACAUCUGCUCCGGUUGAGCAGAGUCCAGACUGUACUGUACCUGUCACAAAUUGUGUAUCGGACAUCUCUCAUCUUGUGAGGAAAAAGCGAAAACCAGAGGAGAGUCCAGUGAAAGAGGCCAAGAAACCAAAGUCUGAGCCUAUAGAAAAUGGAGCUGCAAGUGGGGAUGCAGUAGUACCCACAAAUGAAGAGGCAGAGAAAGCUGAACAGGCAGAGAAGCAGACGGCAAUGGAUACUACAGCAGUGGAGAGUACUGCAUGAUAUACCUCAAAGGGACUUUUGUAUAUAAAUGUAUUUUUUUCCAUUUUUGGUUCAAAGCAUCUUUUUGUAAAAGAAAUAAAGAAUUAAAAAAAGCA